AUGCUGGUGUUGGCACAUGGACAAAACAUAUCAAGCUGUGAGUGGAAGGCGGAUGAUGCCACUCCUGCCUCCAUCCGUAAACAAGAAUGUAAAAAUAUCCAUACCAAUGCUUGUAUCUUGAACCAGUUGACCACAAUGCCUUUUGAUGAAGAUGAUUAUGACGCCACAACACUUAGUAUAAUGUAUAUGGACUGGGUGGGCCGUGACGGUGUACUAAAAGCAAUCAUCAAGAAGGACGAUAUUCAAGUUGUGACCAAGAUUGACAGCUUAUACAUUCCUUGCUCGAUCCAUGAAAUCAACUCAAAAUUCAAAAAGUCCAUUCAGCUACUAUAUACUUGGAAGCCUUAG